CAACCUCAAUUGUUGCAAAAUCUAGACCGUAUGUCCACAACGUGGCUUACUAUAGUUCUCUUGCUUUGUGCCGAACAAUCCCAGCUUUCUUCUACAAAAUUCUGCCCCCCCUCACUCCAUCGGUGCAAAAUCUAGAACAAUUUUCUGGCUUCCAACGCACCAAUCUACUACUCAUUAUUCAGUAACCAUGGCAGGAAGAAUUUUCAACCUCUCACAAGUUGAACGACACAGAUCAAAGAAAGAUUGCUGGCUUGUCAUCAAUGGCAGAGUAUUGAACGUGACAAAGUUUUUGACGGAACACCCAGGAGGGGAGGAGGUGUUGAUGGAGUCGGCAGGGAAGGACGCCUCCAAGGAGUUUGAGGAUGUUGGACACAGCAAGGGAGCUCAAAGCUUGCUCCGAAAAUACCAGGUGGGUGUUCUUCAAGGACACAUAUUCCAAGACGGAGACUCCAAGGAAGUUGCCUACGAGGAAUCCGAGAACAAAGCAGAGAUGACUGCUUUUGUGAUCAAGCAUGACCGACUGUCCAAGUUUGUGGCUCUCCUCCUCGAGUUCUUCGUCCCUUUCUUGAUUGGUGCCUCCUAUUUCUGUUACAGAUACUUCACCAGAGCAACCUAGAUCGCCAAUCAGAUCAUCUUCCUCUAAUAAUAUGGA